CUUUUGUCCUGAGCUGUUUGCAGAAAAGAAGGUACGUUCGUUUGCGUCUCUCCUCGGAACAGAAACACCAUGGCAAACAGACCAAAGGGAUUCGGAAUGUCUGCGGAUUUAGCUCGCAAGGCCGCAGCCAAGUAUGACAGUCAACAAGAAGCAAAUGCUAUUGAGUGGAUUGAAGCUGUUUUGGGUAGAAAUGUGUUUGGUGGUAAAUGUGGGCAAGAUCAUGUUCAUGAGGUGUUGAAGGAUGGAACAGUCCUUGUCGAACUGGCUAAUGCACUUCGCUCUGCAGACCCUUGUAAUAGCCUAGGCUGUGCAGUGAAGGGUAAUGCAAGUACUGCUCCCUUCAAACAGAUGGAAAAUAUUUCAAAUUAUCUAAGUUUCUGCUCAAAGAUGUUGGGAGUAGAGGCUUCUGAUUGCUUUCAGACUGUAGACCUGUAUGAAAAGCAAAACAUGGAUAAUGUCAUUAAGCAGAUAAAUGCAGUUGGACGUAAGGCUCAAGCGAAAGGUUUAAGUGUUCGCCCAUUAGGACCCAAGGAGGCCACUGAAAACAAACGUGAAUUCACAGAAGAGCAACUCAAGGAGGGAAAGAAUGUCAUUGGAAUUCAAAUGGGAACCAACAAACUUGCCUCGCAAGCUGGAGAGCAUUUUGGCCGUCCCAGGCAGGUUGCUGGGCAUGAUGCCUAUAAUGCUGGAGUGAAGGGCUUAACAGUCCCUUGUCUGGGCCCAAAAGAGGCUCAAGCUAAUGUGCGGGAAUUCACAGAGGAGCAGCUCAAGCAGGGCCAGAAUGUUAUAGGCCUCCAGAUGGGAUCCAAUAAAGGUGCCUCACAGUCAGCCAUUAUGGUCGUGCAUGGCAGAUUGCUGUUUGGGAGUCAAUUUACGCUUUCGCCUAAUAUAAAGCCACCAGCUUCAUCUCAGAGUCUAAUUCUAUCAACUCAACUUCUUUGUCAGACGUUGCUUGUUAAGGAACUCACUAGAAUGGCUUCUCGACCUAAAGGAUUUGGUAUGACGGCUGAACUGGCGCGAAAGAAAGACGCAAAAUAUGAUCCAGAACUGGAAGCUCAAAUAAGAACCUGGAUCAAUGCAGUUCUUGGUGGAGAAGUUCUUAAACCAGAGCCUGAUCAAAAAGAUUUCCAUGAAUCAUUGAAGAGUGGGGAUAUUCUUGUCGAUCUGGCAAACGCGCUUGGUGGAAAAAUAAAGAAGAAUCCAAGCAAGAUGGCUUUCAAAAUGAUGGAGAAAAUUGGACAAUUUCUGGCUUUCUCUGAUGAACUAGGAGUUCCUAAAAGUGAUACAUUCCAGACUGUGGACUUGUAUGAAGGACAGAAUAUUCCUCAAGUCAUCAGUGGACUGCAUGCUUUUGCGCGGAAGGCUCACUCGAUAGGAAAACCAGUCCCUGCGUUAGGACCCAAAGAAGCGACAGCAAACAAGCGCGAAUUCACAGAGGAGCAACUCAAGGAAGGACAGAAUGUGAUCGGGCUCCAGAUGGGUAGCAACAAAGGUGCCUCGCAGUCGGGAGACCAUUUUGGCCGUCCCAGACAGGUGGCCGGGGCAAAUGUCUACAAAUGAGGUCCAAAACUUGUGUGUGUUCUUCAGAACAUAAAUUUGUCGUGGUUCAUGACAAGGUUGUAAUUUGUGGGAAGAACAAGAUUCGGUAUUUCGUGCAUAAGAUAUAUGUAGUGUAUUUAUACGUUGAUUCAGUAAUCGUUUCCACUUUGAUCAUUUGAUACUCCUGGUACUUAAUUGUUGGCGUUGAAGAACUUUCUAGAAUGAUUUAGUUUUGGACAAAUAAAUUGCUUGGAUUUGUCAGUGUUUUAAAUUAUUUUCUCCUGUUUUUGCAGGGGUUAUCGAGUAACCUUUCGUAGAAUGAAAAGCGUGACAGGGAAGUAAAAUCAAUGUUUUCUAAGAUAUGAAAAGAAUAAAGAAAAUCUUGUCCAAAAUUUUUAACGAGA